UAGCAAGAGUAGCUAGAGAAGUAGAGAAAGGAAAAUUAGGUGUUCAAGCCCAAGUUAAGUAUGUAAGAGGAACCUGGAAAGAAAUCACAUCUAAUGUCAAUACCAUUGUAGCAGAUUUAACUUUUCAAGUACGUGCACUUGCACAUAUUUCUGCUGCUGCAAUUGAUGGAGAUUUUACUCAAAUUAUUACUGUUGAUGCAUCUGGUAAAAUGAGUCCAUUUAGAACUAAAAUAAAUCAAAUAGUAGAUAAUUUAAGAGAAAAUUUUCAAAAAAAUAUUGUUGCAAGAGAAGAAGCUGAAUUAGCUAAUAGAAAAAAUAGAGGGCUUUUUGUAAAUAUGUCACAUGAGAUUCGCACUACUAUAAAUGGUAUUGUAGAAAUGACAACUUUGACACUUGAAACAGAGUUAACACAUCAACAACGUGAAAAUUUAACAAUAGUUAAUUAUUUAGCUAAUUCAUUAUUGACACUUAUUGAUGAUAUCUCAGAUAUUUCAAGGA